CAGGGGGCGCGCGCCUCCACUGCAGCAGGGGGCGCGCGCCUGCCGUCCGCAGCAGUCAGCUGACUGUCAUGGCGUCCUCCUAGAGUGUCCCGGCUGUGGCGGCACGCGCGCUGAUCGAGCAGGUGAAAUCAGGUGCUCUGGUGAACCUGUCCUCAUGCAGGUAUGAAUGUGAUGUCAUCAGUGAUGCGGGCCGCUCACAGGUUCAGGUGCGCUGACCUGCCCCUGCUUAGCAACUUCCUGUCUCCGCCUUUCCUUCGCUGUCCGGUCUGGAGCUCCGCCUCCCAGCUGACCUACGUGUCAACCAGAAAGUUUGCAGUGAAACAGGUCAGAGGUCAGAAAAAGGAGCAGAAGAAGCUGAAGGCAAACAAACAGGAAGUGGAGAUCCGGCAGGGCAUGACCGCGGCGGCGCUGGCGGCAGCCAUGAACAAAGACUUCGAUCACGUGCUGGAGGCGCUGCUCAACACGGCGGUGGACCUGGACUUGCUGGAACCCGACUCGGUUCUGGAGGAGAAGUGGAUCAAGGAGGUGGUGACCCGGUCGGGGAUGAAGUUCCGGUGGGCCAAGCUGAGCGAGAGCCGGGAGAAACCCAACAAAGACGCCAGAAGGAGGCCCCCCGCAGACCCGUCCUGCCUGGUACCCCGCCCCCCUGUAGUCACCAUCAUGGGUCACGUGGACCACGGUAAAACCACGCUGCUGGACAGCCUGAGGAAGAGCCAGAUUGUUUCCACGGAGGCCGGCGGCAUUACGCAGCACAUCGGCGCCUUCCUGGUCCAGCUCCCAACAGGUGAGAAGAUCACCUUCCUGGACACUCCGGGCCACGCUGCCUUCUCCUCCAUGAGAGCCCGAGGGGCCCACGCCACGGACAUUGUCAUCCUGGUGGUGGCGGCGGACGACGGCGUCAUGACCCAAACCAUCGAGUCCAUCCAGCACGCAAAGACGGCUAAAGUGCCCAUCAUCGUGGCGGUGAACAAGUGCGACCGGCCUCAGGCGGACCCUGCUCGGGUGAAGCGGGAACUGCUGGCUCAUGGCGUGAUCUGCGAGGAGCUGGGAGGAGACGUUCAGGCCGUCCACAUCUCCGCUUUGAAGGGGGAGAAUCUCUCGGCUCUGACCGAGGCUACGGUGGCGCUGGCAGAGGUUCUGGAGCUGAAGGCGGAGCCCGGCGGCGCCGUUGAGGGGCUGGUCAUUGAAAGCCGGACGGACAGAGGGAGGGGCCCUGUCACCACAGCCAUCGUCCAGCGCGGGACGCUGAGGCGGGGCUGCGUUCUGGUGGCCGGGAGGUGCUGGGCCAAAGUGCGCUUCCUGUUUGACGAGAACAGCUGCACGGUGAUGGAGGCGGGGCCAGGCGCCGCCGUGGAGGUGGUGGGCUGGAAGGAGCUGCCGUCAGCUGGAGAGCUGAUCCUGGAGGUGGAGUCUGAGCAGCGUGCCAGGGAGGUGGUGGAGUGGAGGAGCCACGAGGAGGAGCAGGAGAAGCUGCAGGAGGACCACAGCGCCAUCCAGCUGAAGCAGCAGCGCCACCUGGAGGAGUACCAGCGUCAGCGCGAGGAGCUCGCUCACCUGAGCUGGAGGCAGAGGAAGGCAGCGCUGUACCGGGCCAACAAGACCCGCUUCUCCAUCAGGCCCAGCGAGCACGCCGACAGCGACGAGCUCCGCCUACCCCUCGUCAUCAAAGGAGACGUGGACGGCUCGGUGGAGGCGGUUCUGAACAUCCUGGAGGGCUACGACGCCCAGCACCAGUGCCAGCUGGAGGUGGUCCACUUCGGCAUCGGAGACGUCUCUGAGAACGACAUCAACAUGGCCGAGGCGUUCGGAGGUUCCAUCUAUGGGUUCAACGUGAAGGCGAGCCGCUCUGUGCAGAACCUGGCGGCGAAGAAGGGCGUGGCUUUGCAUUUACACACCAUCAUCUACAAACUGAUGGAGCAACUGAGGGAGGAGCUUAGCAGCAAGCUGCCACCGUGCGUCUCCGAGACCGUCAUCGGUGA